UCGCAGCCGGAGGCUCCGGAGCGCCGCCCGCCCAGCCUGCAGCGCCCGCCGUCAUGGGCUCCUGAACCCCGGGACGCGCGCGAGCGCCGGAGCGGGCGGCCGGCUGGCCGGCGGGCCACGGGCACCCUGACUCGGACUAAGUAAAGGUGUGCUCUGUGGGCUAUGGGAUGGAUGAGGUGGAGCAAGACCAACAUGAGGCCCGACUUAAGGAGCUGUUUGACAGUUUUGACACAACGGGCACUGGGUCCCUGGGACAGGAGGAACUCACCGACCUCUGCCAAAUGUUGAGCUUGGAGGAGGUGGCUCCGGUGCUGCAAGAGACACUGCUUCAGGACAACCUGUUGGGCAGGGUACACUUUGACCAAUUUAAAGAAGCAUUAAUACUUCUCUUAUCUGGAACUCUGUCAAAUGAAGAACACUUUCAAGAACCAGACUGUUCUCUGGAAGCUCAACCCAAAUAUGUUCGAGGUGGGAAGCGUUAUGGCCGAAGGUCUUUACCCGAGUUUCAAGAAUCCGUGGAGGAGUUUGCCGAGGUGACAGUGUUUGAGCCACUAGAUGAAGAAACACAGCCUUCUCACAUCCCUGCCAGUGACCACAGUGAGCACUGGAAGACGCAACACAGUGAGGAAUACGAAGCUGAAGGCCAGUUAAGAUUCUGGAACCCAGAUGAUUUGAAUGCCCAGAGUGGAUUUUCCCCUUCCCAUGACUGGAUCGAAGAGAAGCUACAGGAAGUGUGUGAAGACUUGGGCAUCACCCGUGAUGGUCACUUGAACCGAAAGAAGCUGGUCUCUAUCUGUGAACAGUAUGGUUUGCAGAAUAUUGAUGGAGAGAUGCUCAAAGAAGUCUUUAACAAUCUUAAUCCUGAUGGUACAAUGAGUGUCGAAGACUUUUUCUAUGGUCUGUUUAAAAAUGGAAAAUCCCUUACACCGUCAGCUUCUACACCAUAUAGGCAAUUGAAAAGGCACCUCUCCAUGCAGACUUUUGAUGAGAGUGGGAGACGUACCACAGCCACACUGGCGAUGACGAGUACCAUUGGCUUCCGGGUCUUCUCUUGCCUGGAUGAUGGAAUGGGUUAUGCUUCAGUGGAGAGAAUUCUGGAUACCUGGCAGGAAGAGGGCAUUGAGAACAGCCAGGAGAUCCUUAAGGCCUUGGAUUUCAGCCUUGAUGGAAAUGUCAACUUGACAGAAUUAACUCUGGCUCUUGAAAACGAACUUUUGAUCACCAAGAACAGCAUUCACCAGGCAGCUCUGGCCAGCUUUAAGGCUGAGAUUAGGCAUUUGCUGGAGCGAGUUGAUCAAAUGGUCAGAGAAAAAGAGAAGCUACGGUCAGAUCUGGACAAGGCUGAGAAACUCAAGUCUUUAAUGGCAUCAGAGGUAGAUGAUCACCAUGCAGCCAUUGAACGGAGAAACGAGUACAACCUCAGGAAACUAGACGAGGAAUACAAAGAACGCAUUGCAGCCUUAAAGAAUGAACUCAAGAAGGAAAGAGAGCAGAUCCUGCAACAGGUGGGCAAGCAGCGUGUGAAACUUGAGCAGGAAAUUGAAAAGGCCAAAACUGAAGAGAACUAUGUCCGGGAUCGCCUCGCCCUCUCUUUGAAGGAAAACAGCCGCCUAGAAAAUGAGCUUCUGGAAAAUGCAGAGAAAUUGGCAGAGUAUGAGAAUCUGACAAACAAACUUCAGCGAAAUCUGGAAAAUGUGUUAGCAGAAAAGUUUGGUGACCUCGAUCCAAGCAGUGCUGAAUUUUUUCUGCAAGAAGAGAAGCUGACACAGAUGAGGAAUGAAUAUGAACAACAGUGCAGGGUAUUACAAGACCAAGUGGAUGAACUUCAAUUGGAGCUGGAAGAAUAUCGUACACAAGGCAAAGUGUUCAGACUUCCCUUAAAAAACUCAUUGUCCGAAGAACUUGAUAUUAACAGUGGUUGCAUUGAACCUGACCCAGGCCUUGAUUCUGAAGAAUGCAACCCAGUGACUAUGAGCAUUGAGGCAGAACUGGUUAUAGAACAGAUAAAAGAGCAGCACCACAGGGAUUUAUGUCACCUAAGACUGGAACUUGAAGACAAAGUGAAGCACUAUGAGAAGCAGCUCAUUGAAGCCCAGGUCAGCUGUGAAGAAAAACAGGAGAACAUGAAGCAAAAAUAUGAGAGUGAAGCACAUACAUUGGAAAAACAAAUAAGUGACCUUAAAAAUGAAAUUUCAGAACUUCAGGUACAGACAGUGAUGCUCAGGGAGGCAGAACAUUUGACAUCUUGCAGGCAUGAGGCAGAGAAAAAUGAACUGCAAAUGAAAUGUGAGGAGGAAAAGACCCACCUGCAGGAGACACUGAAGCUGCAACAUCAGCAGGAGCUCCGGGCUCGACUGGAGCAGGCAGAGGAAAAGUUUAACAGAGAGAGAGAUGAACUCCAAAAUGGCACUUGGAUAGAAGAGAAGGUGAGGGACUUGACUCAGGAAUUAGAGCAGUGUCACCAGGAGCAGCUGAAAAACCUAGCUGAGAAGCACACUCUUGAGAAAGAGGAGUUGCGAAAAGAGCUUUUGGAAAAACACCAAAGGGAACUUCAGGAGAGAAGGGAAAAAAUGGAAACUGAGUGUACUAGAAGAACCUGUCAGAUAGAAGCCCAAUUUCAGGCUGAUUGUCACAAAGUCACUGAGCAGUGUGAAAGUGCUCUGCAAAGCCUGGAGGGCCACUACCGCCAGGAGCUGAAGGACCUUCAGGAGCAACAGCAGGAGGAGAGAGCACAGUGGGAAUUUGAGAAGGACGAGCUCACCCAGGAGUUUGCAGAAGCCCAAGAACGGCUUAAAGAAUCUCUCCAAAGGGAGAAAGCCGCCUUUCAUGUUCUGGCCCAGGAGAAAGAGAUGCUUGAAAAAACAUACAAAGAGCAUUUGAAUAGUAUGGUGGCUGAGAGAGAGCAGCUAGUCAGAGACCUAGAAGAGCUAAGGAAUGUUUCUGAAAGUCAGCAGGGCCUACUGUCCACUCGGAUCCUUGAGCUAAAGACUAAUCCAAGGGAGCAUGAGCCGUGCCAGGCAGGUACCUCCAAGCAACCAAACUCCCAGCUGGAAAUGCUGGCACUAGAGCGUGACCUGGUGAGGCAAGAAAUGAUGGCCAGGCUUCCAGCCAUGGAGACUAUCCAUAAGAAGGCCCGUGAAGAAGCAGAUCUAGAGAAGGCCGAGAUGAGCACAGAAAUCUCCAGACUUCAGAAUCAGAUUAAGGAACUACAGCGAGUGGUUCCUCCUCUCUCCCCACUUCAGAGUGACUGCCAACCCAUGGGACAAGAGGAGGCAGAUGGCAGUGGAUCUAUGUCCCUGCUUGAGCAAGGAGAGCAACUGUUGGAAGAAAAUGGAGAUGUCCUCUUAAGUCUGCAGAGAGCUCAUGAGAGAGCUGUGAAAGAAAAUGUGAAAAUGGCUGCUGAAAUUUCAAGACUGCAACAGAGGCUACAAAAAUUAGAGCCACGGUCAAUUCUGUCAUCUCAUUUAGAGGAGCCCACUAAUGGGUUAUUUAGAAAUUCUUUGGAUCAAACAGACCCUUUUAUAAGACAGAAUGGAAUGAAGCAAAUAGGUGUGAACCUAUCGCCUGUCCUAAGUGACCUACAGUCCGAUGAGGCCCGGGAUGUAGGAAGCAUAGGCACAAGCUCCAUUCAGAGACAGGAGGGGAAAGUAGAAGAGUUCGAAACAUCAAUGGAGAGUUUUUCUGAGCUUGAAAACAGUGAAGGGACCAGAACUGAGACCUGGGACCUGAAGAAUCAGAUCUGUCAGCUUCAAGAACAGUUGAUGAUUUUACGAGCAGAUUGUGAUCGAGCUUCUGAAAAGAAGCAGGAUCUGCUUUUUGAUCUUUCUAUGCUGAAAAAGAAACUGAAGGUUCUUGAGCGGGUCCCUGAAACUUGUUCCAGGUACAAAUUGUUAUAUGAAGAUGCUAACAGAGAAAAUGACUAUCUUCAGGAAGAGCUGAGGGAGAUGGAAACACGCUAUGAUGAUACACUAGAAAAUAAUAAAGAACUCACCUCAGAAGUUUUCAGAUUGCAGGACAAGCUAAAGAAAAUAGAAGAAGAGGCUGAGACUUUCAGUAACAUCGAAAAGAAUUAUGACGAAGUCAGAAGAGAAAAUGAGGAGCUGCAUAUUUUUGUUUCGAGACUGCAGCGUAAGAUUGAAAAGCUGCAGGAAAGAGCAGAACCCAGAAGGGACUGCAGUUUCUUACAGGAAGCCCAGUCAGAUGACCUGGAAAUCCAGCCUGACAACCAUGUACUUGAACUCAAUUACACACUAGAAGAGUGUGUGCCAGAGGUUAUGAAUAUCCACCAUAUAACAGAACAUUUUCAGGAAAGCCAGUUCCUUGAGCAGGAAAAUAAACAACUCCUGGAAAAUGGAAAAGCUCAUGAAGCUAUCAGGCUGCACAGAACAAUUGUAAGCUAUCAAGAAAAGCCUGGCAUAUGGAACCAGGGUGUGCUGGAGGAAAACGCUGCCCUCCUCAUCCUUCAAGACAAACAUUCCCAGCGUCAGGCCAUGCUAGCAGAGUUAGAAGUGGAGAAAAAGAAACUGCAGGAGCUGACUAGAAAGCUGAGGGAGAGAGUCACUACUUUAGUAAAGCAAAAAGAUGUCCCUUCUCAAGGAGAAAAGGAAGAAGCAUUGAAGGCAAUGAUGCACGACUUGCAAAAUACAUGCAGUGAGAUGCAGCAAAAAGUGGAACUUUUGAGAUAUGAAUCUGAGAAGCUUCAAGAGGAAAAUUCUAUUUUGAGAAAUGAAAUUACUACUUUAAAUGAAGAAGAUAGCAUUUCUAGCUUGAAGUUAGGGACAUUUAAUGAAUCUCAGGAACAAAUGUGGCAAAAAAUAGAAACUAUAAAACAGGAAAAAAAUUCAGUUCAGAAGAUGGUUGAAGUUUUAAAGAAGCAGAUUUCAGAAUUAAAAAUCAAGAACCAACAGUUGGAUUCGGAAAAUAUAGAACUUAGUCAAAAAAACUCUCAGAAUCAAAAAGAGUUGCAGGAACUUAACCAGCAGCUAGAGGAAAUGCUAUGCCAGAAGAAAGAUGAGUCUGAACAUUGUCUGUUGGAGGAAUUGGAACAACAGAAGUCUCAGUUGCUAGAAGAACUGGAGCACUGUCGAGUGCAGUCCUCCACUUUAGUGUCUUCUCUAGAGGAAGAACUUUCUCAAGUUAAAAUGCAGAUCCAUCUUGUGGAACAGGAAAAUGUCCUUCUCAAAGAUGAACUAGAGAAAAUGAAACAACAGUUGGCAAAAUCAAGACUUGUAGAGCACAAGAUUAUUGCUCUGAAGCAGGAACAGCAUUCUUGGGAACAUCAGAAUGAAAGCUUGAAGACACAGCUGGCAGCUUCACAAGUAAAGGUUCAGAAUCUAGAAGACACUCUGCAGAACAUAAACCUAAAAAUGUCGCAUACUAAGUCUGAUCUACAACUGACACAACAGGAAAAUGAAGCUUUAAAACAAGAAUUGAUGUCUUUACAUAAGCAACUUAAAAAUGCUGAUGACAAGAACUGGGCCCCAGAAGUAGCCACCCAUCAUCCAUCAGGGUUCCAUAAUCAGCAGCAGCAAGAACAAAGGUCAUCUUGGGACAAUUUGGAUCAUCUGAUGAAUGAGGAACAACAGCUGCAUUGGCAGGAAAAUGAAAGACUCCCAACAGUGGUUCAGAAUACCAGAGCAGAGCUUACACAGUCCCAAGAGAAGGUCCGUCAACUGGAAUCUAGUUUUCUCCCAAAACACCAAAAACAUCUAAAUCCAUCAGGUCCUGUGAAACCCGCAGAUCAAGAGAAGUUGAACUUAAAGAGAGAGUGUGAGCAGUUUCAGAAGGAAGGAGCUGCUAGUAAGAAGGCCAGUCAGAUGAAUUCCCUUGAACAAGAAUUGGAAACAAUUCACUUAGAAAAUGAAGUCCUAAAAAAGAAACAAGUAAAACUGGAUGAGCAGCUAAUGGAGAUGCAGCGUCUGAAGUCCACUGCGAUGAUUAACCCAACCCCUCAUAUUUGGGAUUUGCCCCUGCUUCAGCAGCAAGCCUGUCCGAUGGUGCCCAGGGAGCAAUUUCUGCAGCUUCAACAACAGCUGUUGCAAGCAGAAAAGACAAAUCAGUGCCUACAGGAAGAACUCAACAACAGAACCUCUGAAACAAACACACCACAGGAAAACCAGGAACAGUUGGUAACUGCCAUGGAGGAAAGAAUGAUAGAAGUUGAACAGAAAUUGAAACUGGUGAAAAGGCUUCUUCAGGAGAAAGUGAAUCAGCUCAAAGAACAACUUUGCAAGAAUACCAAAGCAGACGCAAUGGUGAAGGAUUUAUAUGUUGAAAAUGCCCAGUUGUUAAAAGCUUUGGAAAUGACUGAACAGCGACAAAAAACUGCAGAGAAGAAAAAUUACCUCCUAGAAGAGAAGAUUGCCAACCUCAGUAAUAUCGUCAGGAAUCUGACACCAGCACCACUAACUUCUACACCUCCUUUGAGGUCCUAGUAAAGCCAAAGGAUACUUUCUUAUUCAUGCACUUUUCCUGAAAUGUGUAGUGCAUUUCAGUAGAUUCUCUUUACCCUUUUUUUAAUAUGCUUAAUGG